AUGGCGCAUGCCGCUUCUUCGGAGGGCAAGAAGGAGUCCAAUGAGCCGCUGCAGUUCUCGUUUGAGGAGCUUGUGGCCGGCGGAGUGGCCGGCUUCGCGGAGCACUUUGUGAUGUUCCCCUGCGACACCAUCAAGACACGCAUGCAGGGUGGCCGUUGGCGCAGCAUCCGCUGCGUGGUGCGGCACGUCUGGCACCACGAGCGGCUGACCCACCUCUACCGAGGCUGUGUGCCGACACUCGUAUCGGCGGUGCCGGCGCACGGGGCGUACUUCAGCGUGUAUGAGGCCUUCAAGCGUCUCUUUGGCGAUGCAACGAACUACGACAUAGCCGCGGCGGCCAGCUUUGCCACGGUGGCCCACGACACCGUCUCGACCCCAUUCGAUGUCGUGAAGCAGCGCAUGCAGAUGGACAAGCACCGCACCUACUCCUCGUCGGUGGACUGCGUGAAGCGCAUCGUGCGUAGCGAGGGCGUGCCGGCGCUGUUCCGCUCGCUGCCAACGACGGUCGUGAUGAAUGUCCCACACUUCGCCGCCUACUGGGUGACCUACGAGAGCUUCCUGACUAAGCUGAGCGGCAAGACUUCACGCAACCGGGGAGAGGAGAUGACGUUGGAUUACAUGGCGGCCGGCUUUGUCGCUGGGGCGUGUGCUGCGGUGGUGUCCUUCCCCUUCGACACAGUCAAGACGCACCUCCAGCUGGGUCACGGGAGCGGCUUCCGUCACACGCUGAAGGGUUUGGUUGCACGGCGGGGUGUGCGUGGGGUGUUCGCGGGUGUGGUGCCGCGCAUCAUGUACACCGCCCCCUCUGGCGCCAUCAUGAUGGUGACGUACGAGACGGUGAAGAACGCGCUGGCGUUUGAGGAGGCUUUGUGA